UAUUUGGAAACUUUGGAGAAAGUGUUCCUGGCUGGACAUGCGUUCCGCUUUACGGACGAGCAAGACUACCCCUUUUGGUCUCCCCUCCCCCUUUAGGUAACGAUGAAGUGACAGAUUUGAACUAGUAGUACAAGGGAUAUCUGCUCACUUGCCAGCUCACCCUUCUUGUAAAAGCCAUUUCUAUAAGCCAGAACGCUUCAAAAAUAGUGAAAUUUCAAAUGUUCCCUCUUUGCACUUCUGCUGCUUGGAUCUUGUGUUUGGCAGUGGUGACAGUAUUUUGUCUCUAACAUAGUAAAACAGAUGACCAGCUAGCCUUAAGCCGUUGGUUUCAAGCUUCAGCCAUCCACCUGCGCCCUCUACAAAUGUGUCCUCCCCAUUAUGUGAUUGUCGUUUUCAAAACGUGGUAGUUCUGAGUCGGAAUAGACCUCUGAGCCACCCCACUUGAGUUGGUUCCAUUUGGACAACUUGAUCUCUCUCAGAGAAGUAACUCGCAAACCAGCGCACUUCAUGCUGGUCAAAAGUUAAAUGGCAUGCGACAGUGAAACUGAUUUCCUUCCCACUCUUCCUUCAGCUGCAAGUGGCAUCUGGGGGGAGGAGGGUUCUUCCUAAAUGGCCACCUUUGGUAUAUCUUGUAUACAUUCAUUGUAUUUGUUUUUUUCUCUCUUCCUUUCAUCAGUCAAGAUGGGUAAAGGUGAUCCCAAGAAACCAAAGGGCAAGAUGUCUGCUUAUGCCUUCUUUGUGCAGACGUGCAGAGAGGAACAUAAGAAGAAAAACCCCGAGGUCCCUGUCAAUUUUGCAGAAUUUUCCAAGAAAUGCUCCGAGAGGUGGAAGACAAUGUCUGGGAAAGAGAAGUCUAAAUUUGAUGAAAUGGCAAAGGCAGAUAAAGUGCGCUAUGAUCGGGAAAUGAAGGAUUACGGACCAGCUAAGGGAGGCAAGAAGAAGAAGGACCCGAAUGCUCCCAAGAGGCCACCGUCUGGAUUUUUCCUGUUCUGUUCUGAAUUCCGCCCCAAGAUCAAAUCUACAAACCCUGGCAUCUCUAUUGGAGAUGUGGCAAAGAAGCUGGGCGAGAUGUGGAAUAACUUAAGUGACAGCGAGAAGCAGCCAUACAUCAACAAGGCAGCAAAGCUGAAGGAGAAAUACGAGAAGGAUGUCGCAGACUAUAAGUCUAAAGGGAAGUUUGAUGGUGCCAAGGGCCCCGCUAAAGUUGCCCGGAAAAAGGUGGAAGAGGAAGAUGAAGAGGACGAGGACGAGGACGAGGACGAGGAGGAGGACGAGGAGGAUGAAUAAAAGGAACUGUUGGCCUGUCUCCUUGUGAAUUACCUUAGCGUAGUGGGCGCAGGGAUGGCCACAGCUCUCGCCUGGGGUGUGCCUGUUGCCUCCAUUAGGUUGAAUUACCCAGUUGGAUCAUGAUUAUAUCGUAGUCUCUCAGAGUGCUCUAGCAAUUGUCAGUGGUUUACGUGAAGUGGCCAUGGGUGUCUGGAGCACCCGGAAACUGUAUCAAAGUUGUACAUAUUUCCAAACAUUUUUAAAAUGAAAAGGCUCUCGUGUUCUCCUCACUCUGUGCACUUUGCUGUUGGUGUGACAAGGCAUUUAAAGAUGUUUCUGGCAUUUUCUUUCUUUUUUUUUAAUUUGUGAGGUGGUGUGUUAACUCUAUGGUCAUUGGCUAGGAAUCCCGAGUUCUCAACUGUACAUAUCUAUAGUUUGUAAAAAGAACAAAGCAACCGAGACACACUCUUAACGCUCCUUGCUUGGCGUGGAGGCUGUAGGAGCGAUGCCUUCCGGAGAGGCCGUAGCUCAGGGCGUGCACUGUGGGGCUGGACCUGUGGACACUGCAGUGGGCAUCCAUUUAGCUUCAGGUUGUCUUGUUUCUGUAUAUAGAGACAUAGCAUCCCGCUGCCAUUCUUAGCUGUGGAAAAGGGGGGGGUCAGCUGGCAUGAGAAGUGUUUUGGAUCCUUUUUAGUUGAAGUGCAGUAGUUUUAAACUGUUUGUUUUUUAAACAAACCAUAGAACUCUUCAUUGUCAGCAAAGCCAAGAGCCACUGCAUUGAUGAAAGUUCAAGAACGUUCUGUACUAAACACGAUCUGCAAUGUUCUGUUAUUUUUUUUUGUAUGUUUAGAGUGCUGAAAUGUUUUUGAAGUUAAAUAAACAGUAUUACAUUUCUAAAA